AUGUGGUUACCUUUUUACUUUUUUAAUCUAGACAAAGUGGAUUCUCUGGAGCUAAGCUGCAGUGUUGGCCCUGUAGAGGUGGUACUGCAACCUAACCAAUCUGUGGUGUUGGAUUGCAACCUGCCUGCUGUUGAUCAGCCUGCCAAUAUAACGUGGAAGGAAGAGGGAAUUCCUAUUGUGGAUCAAGAACACCAUCGUGUGAUUCCCAAUGGAUCACUAUACAUCUCAGAAGUAUCAAGGUCCUCUGCAAAUCAAGAUGGAGGCAGCAGUGAUAGGAGUUACACCUGCAUGUCGGAAAAUUCAUUUGGGGCCAUAACUAGUAGGACUGCCUUGAUCAGAUUCUCCACUUUGUCAGGAUUUCAUCAGCAGCCACAGUCACAGAUAGUGGAGGAGAAUGGAAUUGCCCGCUUUGAGUGUAGAAUUAAUGGACUCCCAUUUCCAGUUAUCACAUGGGAGAAGAACCAGUCAACUAUUCCAAAUCACUUAAGAUAUAUCGUCCUCCCAAAUGGAAUUCUGCAAAUUGUAGAUGUGCAAGCAGGUGAUGCUGGAGUAUUCCGUUGUGUGGCCACAAAUGUAGUUCAGACGCACUACAGUCAGGAUGCCACUCUCACUGUAUUACAAGGAUUUAAAUCAAUACCUGGAGAUGUAGUCAUCAUUGCUCAACCAAAGAAUGUUACUGUUAUAGCUGGUCAAACAGCCAUUAUGGAGUGCAUGGCGUAUGCUGAUCCAACACCAUUUGUUUCUUGGAUUCGGCAAGAUGGUAAACCAAUUGCUACUGAUGUCAUUGUGGUUGGAAGAACAAACCUAAUGAUUGCUCACACCCAACCACACCACUCUGGUGUGUAUGUCUGUCGUGCCAAUAAACCACGAACCCGACAGUUUGCCACUGCUGCUGCUGAGUUGCGAGUGCUAGCCCCACCAAUGAUUACACAAUUUCCUGAGACAAUCUCCCGGAUACGUGCAAGCACUGCAAGGUUUGUCUGCAAAGCCAAAGGGGAACCUACCCCUAGAAUUCGCUGGCUGAAAAAUGGAGAGGACAUCAUGUCUAAUGGCCGAGUAAAGAUCCAGAGCAGUGGCAGUUUAGUAAUUAAUCAGAUUGGACUGGAAGAUGCUGCUUACUACCAGUGUAUUGCCGAGAAUAGUCUUGGAAUGGCUUGUACUACAGCCAAACUAACUGUAACAGUUCGGGAGGGUUUGCCCAGUGCUCCCAAAAGUGUGUAUGCCACUCCUUUAUCGAGUACAGCAGUAUUAGUAUCCUGGGAGCGUCCAGAGUACAACAGUGAGCAAAUUAUUGGAUUCUCCCUUCACUAUCAAAAGGCAGUGGGUACAAACAAUGUUGAAUACCAGUUUGCAGUGAAUAAUGACACUUCAGAGCUUCAAGUGAAAGACUUGCAACCAGACACUAACUAUACCUUUUAUGUUGUUGCUUACUCUCAACUUGGUGCCAGUAGGACCUCACAUUCUGUUGUUGUAGAAACCAUGGAAGAUGUACCAAGUACUGGCCCUCAGCCAUCCUUGUCGAUUACCACCCUCACUGAUAUUCGGGUAACUUGGCUUCCACUCUCUCCAGAGCUUAGCCAUGGUAAAGUAACAAAAUAUCGAAUUGAUUACUGCAUGUUGAAAGAAGAUCAAAUUUAUUCAAUUGAAGUUGAUGGAAAUGAGACACAGGUCAUACUUCCUACAGUACAAUCAAAGAAAAUUUACAAAGUUCGGAUUGCAGCAAGCACCAGUGUGGGAUAUGGCACACCAUCAGAUUGGACCCAGCACCUAAUACCUGACAGAAAUAAACAAAUAAUGGUUCCAUUUGCUCCUACAGAAAUGAAGGUCAAGACUAAAGUAGAUUCUCUGCUGGUCACAUGGCAACCACCCUCAAAUCAAGUCCAGAUCCAGGGUUACAAGCUCUAUUACAGAGAGGCAGAUGCAGACGAUUCGAGCAAAGAAUUAAGUGAAGCUAAUGGAGACGAGCACUGGACGAAAGGACCAAUCCGACUUAGAAGAAAAAUUAGGCAAUAUGAGAUUACUGGAUUAGUGUCAGACAGACUUUAUGAAAUCAAAUUGAUUGCAUUUAACAAACAAGAUGAUGGAUAUGCAGCUGUAUGGAAAGGAAAAACAGAGAAGGCACCUGUCCUAACAUUAGAUUCUCCUGUGAUUCUGCCACCUCCAACCCAACUUCGGGCAGAACCCAAUGGCUCCAGAGCAAUCUGGUUACAUUGGACCAGACCACCAUUCACUACAGUCCAGAUCACAAAUUAUACUGUGCGCUGCAGUCCUUGGGGGCUCAAGAAUGCUUCUCUUGUGACUUACUUUACCAGCACUGUAGAAGAGAUUACUAUUACUAGCCUGAAGCCAUACACUAGGUAUGAAUUUGCAGUCCAAUCCAAUGGAUUUGGUGUUGAUGGUCCUUUCAGUGGCAUUGUAGAGGGAUCAACACUGUCUGACAAACCUUCCACCCCUCCAUCUGAUUUGAAAUUAAAUCCAAUUAAUUCCUACUCGGUCAGAGUUCGAUGGCAACCUCCAACUGAACCAAAUGGCAUUAUAAUUGAAUACAUUAUUUUGUACAAUGCCAACUACACACAACCAGAUGACCUCUGGAAUUCAUUGUCCAAGGAAGGCCACAUUUUCAGCACUGAUGUGCAGGGACUAGAAAGUGACACUCGGUACUUCUUCAAGAUGGGUGCAAAGACAGUUGUAGGAGUGGGACCAUUCUCCACGACAAAAGAUGUGCAAACUCUAGCUAAACGAAUAUUAGGACUGCAUGAUCUCCUUGAUGUACAUUCUGUAACGGGCAUCAUUGUGGGUGUCUGUCUUGGACUGCUUUGCAUUCUUUUCUGCAUCUGUGCCAGUUUCUGGAAUAAUAAGCGAAGAGAGUCAGGUCCUGAUUCCCACCCAACAACUGAACAUUCACACUAUCGCAGGGCAAGGAAAGCUUCUUCAACUCACAAUAUUGCCCUUCCCCAUGCACAUGAGCUUGAAACACUAAUGUCUACUCUGGGUGAAGAUCUAUCUCUGCCACUUACUGAGAAAACUGAACUCACUGAAGUGCAAAUCUUCAUGGAUUCCAGUCUUCCAGAUGAUGACAUUCAGAUUAAAUUAAAGCCUGCCUGGAAUGGUUCUGUUCAUCAUAAGUGGGCGAAUGAUCCAAUUUGCUUCAGCAGUGCAAUCCUUCCAGAUUCUACCCGUAAGACAAAUGAAGCACUGCGCUUUGACCCUGGUUCCAAUGAAGAUGAUUUACAUGGAAAUGUUGUUUUUGAUGGUAUUAUGGGUUCAACAAAUAAAGAAAAUCCUCAUUCGGGUUUGAAUCAAGUUGAAGCUGAAGUUAUUGUUCAUUCUGAAUUAUCGGCAUCAGAAAGAAAUUCUGUUCUUGAGGACCAAGAUUGGCAGGGUCAGGAAGGUCUUCAGAGUAAGUCCAUCACUGCUGAAUCCAUAGAAGACCUUCCCAAUGACGAUAUUACAUUACCCAGUGAGAACUGGAAGAGUACGGAAAACCUCGAGGUUGAAUGCACUGCUGGAACACCAGCUGAUGCCCAGAAAGAAGAUUAUCAGACCAAGUUUACCCUUGCUUUGCCUGCUACAGUGAGUCAACCUGUUGAGGUUUGCAAGAAUUCUUUGGCUCCUGUUGCAAAUGAAGUAAUGAACUGUGUCAAUGCAGAAAAUCACAAGGAUGUCACAGAGCCACAAGACAAUUCAUCGCUACAUUCUAAAGCUAAAAGCAAAAUGAAGACUGUUGAAUGUCUUGGGCUCAGCAAUGGUUUUCAGAGCAGUGAGGGUUGGCAAAGCUCAGUUAAUGGCUUCACAUUAAUAAACAGAAACUCUGAAUCAUCAUGCCCAAAAAAUAUAGAUAGUCCCCCUGGUAGAUGGCAGCCUUUGGCUACAGACGAGGAUGUCUCUGCUCGUCAUUUCAUUGCCUCUAGUAUCACUACUACCUCAGCAUCUGAGAAAGACUUGUGUCCAUAAUUGUUAACACACUACCAACUUUCCCAAAAACUGGAGUGAAUUCUGCAAUUACACACUCUGCGAGUGCCUAUUACCACAUCCACCAAGGAUCCUUGCACAGCACUGGGUCAGUAAAGAACCUGAGAUCAGUUACCAGGUUCCUGUACCCAGUAUUUUAGAUACAUGCUCCUCUGUGAUGGAAUGAUCUAAUUUUAUUUUCUGAGAGGACUUUCUCUUAUUUAAUAUUAUAAAGUGAAAUUGUAUGUUUUAGUGUAGCCUUUAUAAUACUUUCACCUUCCUUCAAUACAACAGAACUACCUCAAGUCUGUUUAAAAUAUUGAGUGGUAUUGUACUCCAUUAGUUUUGUAGCUUGUUUUUAUAGAUGUUUUAUUUUCAUUAUCUUUGCACAGGGUUUGUUCCAACUGGAAAGUACUUAAGCAACCAUGCUGAUAAAAUAUUAAAACAAAAAUAACUUUUAAGAAACAGAUGCACAUGCACCUUUUCAACCAUACCCCACUGCAUCUGUCAUACUCAAGAUAAAUCAGAUGUCACAGAUGUCAGGUAGCUUUGAGAGAGGUUUUGGAUAUAUACAUGACGGAUGGGAAAUAAGUUUUUUUCCUAUGGAAAGUGUGCCAAAUUGCAAGUUAUGUUUGUAUUUUAUUAUUCUGACAGAUCAGUGAUUUGGCUUGAAGGUGUGUUUGUAACUUAAGAAUAUGUGACACAUAAAUGAGAAAUUUCUUCUGGGUUUCUCCCUGUCUUCCACAAGUUUGUCAGAAAAUACAGAGAAGACAUGUAAAUGGGGUUUUCACCAGAGCUGGUGGUUGAUGAGGAGAAGCCACUGAAGAAAUUCAUGAUGCUGAUCUUUAACUUAUAAUGGAAAAAAAUUAUUUGCAGGAAACACAAUGUGGGGAGAAAAGUACUUUGGAUGAUACCUAUUUAAAUUUGAAACUCAAGCCUUACUUUGAACCCACCACCAUCCCUUAACUAUAAAAUGAAGGUUAAGCCUUAUCAGGACCCAAUGCCACAUCCUUGUGUGCAAUUGAAAAGAAUUCAUCACCACUUCAAAGUGAUAUUUUGUUACAUAAAAAUACAUAGCCUUCAUUUGUGUUUACAAUUUUGAGGUUGAAGACUGAUAAAAUAAUGCAUAUUUAAUGACUUUCAAAAGUGCAUCAACUACUGUUACUCAAUUUUAGGAACAUUGUACAUAAUUAACAGUUUUACUGUGUACAUAUUCUCUGUUGUCAUCUAUAUAGCAAAUUUCUUGUGUAUAGCACACACUUCCAUUCAUUGCAUAUAGCAGUAUAUUUUUGACUAGAGCAGCAUUGUAGAACAUCUGAUUUAAUUAAAAUUUAUCUACAUAGCUUAAUAUACAUUAUUUUAAAGUAGAUUAUGGCACAUGACACUUCUAGCUCAAUUAUUGUCUCCCUCUUGUCUUGAAAUUGCCAGCAAUGUGGCAUCUUGCACAACUGCCUAUUUAAAAAGUAUCAAUAGUCUAGUGUGUUUGAUGAUUACUCUAUUGUGGAAUACAUCUUAUUUUACCUCUGUUUGGGAUCUGUCUUGGAUACUACAGAGAUGUUAUGAGCCUUGGCACAAGAGAUAGAUUGAUUGCCCAGGACUGACAGACCAGACUCUCUGCAUUGAAUACUGAUACCAGCAGCUUUAUUGACUUGCAUAAUGGUGUUCAUGUUUGCAAAUAAUCUGAUCACCUAUUGUUGAAGUCUUACAAGAUAUUCCAUUUUGCAAAUGAUCUUGUGGCGUCAUAUGGUGCAAUCUGUUACGCCACAUCUUUCAUGGUGUUUGCCACUCUGUACAAUUACAUGUCCCCUUCUAGGUGAUGGCUAUUAACUAAACAUUUCAAAUAAACAAUACAUCUGUGAUAAUUCAAACAUUGUGCACUCCCAAUGGACUUAUGUUUGUGAUGUUGCCAGUGCCAUCUUGAAAUUAUUGUGGUGUUUAAACUCUGCUUCUUCUGUGACUUUUAUAGCCACAGGCAUAGCCACCCUUGUGGUAGAAUUUGGCUUUAGAUUUACUUACAGCUUAACUCUUUUACAGCUCCCUGGUCAAUUAGCUCCUUUGCAACUAUUGUUUCUUUUUGAACAAGACACAUGAACCAGUGCCUGUAUAUAUUGUUGUGGAGUAAAAGCUGGUGCAGCUUGAUGUAUGUGGCAUCCCUCUAUCUUGACAAUGCUGAAAUCAAAGGCUGACAAUUCCAAUCUCUUUUGAACUUGGAUUCUAGUAAUACUGCAGGUUAUUUGGUCAAGUAAAGAAAUAGCAUUAGAUAUUAAUUACUGAAAAUCCUGUAACUUAACUGACAUUUAUUUGCUCUUAAACUCCUACAUACAUUAAGGAGCCAUUAAUAGUUCCAUUCACAGUGGACCUACCAAAGAUUGGUAAUGGCCACAUUGCACCCAAAGAGUCUGAUGUCACCAUUUUGGAAGGCUAACCGAACUCAUUGGGCUGAGCUGAAUUUCGACCUACUGAGUUCUUCUAAAAACUGUUUUUGCUCCGGAUUCCAGCAUCUGUUGCCUCCUGUGCCUCCUAACUUUGGGUUUUGGUGCUUCAAGGUGACAGUUUAGGAAGAAUAUUAAGGUCUUGGAGGUGGUGCAGAAAUAAUUAAACAGAGCUGGUACCAGAGAUGAGGGACUGAGAGGCUAGAAAAGCUGGGAUUGUUCUUGGGACAGAAUUAAGAGAAGUUACAGGUGUACAAAAUCAAGAAUGGUUUUGAUAGAAUAAGUGUCUUUCCCUUGAUGGGAGGAUUGAUGAGUAGAUGUCACAAAUUAAAGGUAACUGGCAAACAAAAGAGGUGACAAGAAGAAACUUUCUUUAUAUACAUGUUACAGCUGAAGGGGAAAUAUUUGCUGGGGGCAAGUGCACUGAAGUGGGAUUAAUACAAAACUCCACCAAAGAGCUAUGGUGCACUUAGUGACCACCUCCUGUAUUGUGUCCUCCUGAGAUGGCUACUACCUUUGAACAUUACCAGUAAUUAAUGAGAACUCCAAAGGUAAGUAGUCAUUUUCUAGCAUUCUUCUAGAACCCUGAUAGAUGCAUAAUUUCACAUUUCUAUCUCUGAGCGCUGAUAGAUGCUUCCAUGUGUGUCGGCUAAAAUGUUGGUACUGUAGUAUAGUGUCCUAUCUUAAAAGUAUAGUCAAAAUUCAUACAUUUUUUGGUAUUCUGUGUGUCUACAUUUUAUGAUUUCCCCUCUUCUUGCAUCUUGUCUUGUGUAAGUGCUGUGAUCAUGACCGAGACAUUUAUUUUUGGUCAAUAUUACAGAGAUGUUUUAUUUCAUAGAAGAAAUAACUGUUGGGAUAUUCAAAACCAAAUUGCAGUGCUGUACGUGGAUAUUCGGAUUGCAAACCAAAAAUUAUACCCAAGCUCAGAUAUAGCCCAACUUAAUUGCAGAUAAUAUGUUUACUUCGAGGGGCUGACGGAAGUCUCAAGAAAAUCUGCCUUGCACUUAAAUGAGUUUUGUGUAUUGACUAUUUUCAUUUGGUGGAAGGUAACUUGGACUAGAAUCCUUCUUAAAAGUACUUAUUCAGCUGGCAAAUGACUCAUGAAUGGGUUGCUUCCAGGAAGCUGGGUAGAGGGGAUAAAUUGGCUGAUGCUAUUUUAGUCUAUUUCUCACUUAGAACAUGGAAUUUGUGUCUCUUCAGAUGAGUGCUGAUUCCUGUCUUAUCAUACAAAAGUUAUUUAUUGAUACUGGUCUCUAAUACAAUGGUAAUUGAUUUAUUAUUGUCACAUACCGAGAUACAGUGAAAAGCUUUUGUUUGCAUGCCAUCCAGACAGAUCAUUCCAUGCAUAAGUACCUCAAAAUAGUCCAAAAGGAAAACAAAACAAGGUAAAUCCUAUGAAUAAUCCAAUUAAAAUAACCUUCACUUUUGACCUGGAGAACUGCGUCCUUCCUUAUCAAAUCAGACAGAUUUGUUCUCUGGAAAACAACAAAUCCUUUUGCAGCCACUCUAGUGACAGUUGCAGCAAGUUAUUAGGGGUUAUCCCAUAUCCAUCCACACAAUGCUGGGUUCAAACAUUUGGUAUUAAGUUGCAGGUGGAAAGUUAUGAACUGUUGCAGAUGUAGGCAGUACUUUCAAGGCUGCAUCUAGAAGUUACAAAUGCAAUAGUGAUUUUACGUAGAAACUGCAAAUUGAACACCAAUGCUCUAUCGAAAAUUAGAAGAGGUGAUGAAUACACUGUUCUUUCAGAAGCCAACUUCUGUAUUUCAUGCAUAUGGACUAUUGUUUCUUUUUUCCACUUGAGGCUACAAACCUGAAAGCGAUUUUGUUCAGACCAAUAUGUUAUAGACAGAUUUUAGGACAUUUUCAAAAAAUGUGCAUGUUGUAUAUUGCACAUUAUACAAGUUACAUAUUAAGUUUGAAACUUGGUUAUGUCUGUGCCAUAACCAAGUUUCAAACAGUUAUACUCAUGAUGGCAGCCUUGUGUUGCACGUUUCACUCACUCACCAAUGUGUAGAGAAGAUCAUGCUGAAUCUGCUGAUGUACAGUAUGUCCUACUUGUGCUAAGUUUGCCCUUAUACCAAUUAUAUAAAUAGUUCAAUCUUUAAUGAAAAUCUUUAAUUCUUGCAAAUUAGUCAGUUGCGGAUAUCUUCUAAUGUCCUUUUAGUGUGUGUUCUCAACAUUAAGAGGAAGAUCAAGAGAAUUUCUGUUUUAAUGAUGAGUUGAUGGCCUGAUUAAACCAUGGGCUUGGAUUA